AUGCUAUUGAAUCUUGGUCUCACAGCGGAUGCCGCAGCUGCCCAUGCACAGGAAACCCCAGAGACACAACCUGCCCCUGCGUGUGCGCCAACUUUCUCAUUGUCCGCACUGCCCCUGUGGAACACCUUUUACCCUCGUCCCAAGACUCCCGAUGGGUUUCCUGCGUGUCCUGGGGUUGUUUCCGCCAUGGAAAUGAGGCCGACUGAUUUCGCGUCGGGGGAGGGGGAGAUGAGACCAGCUUCGGCUGUGGCCAGAUCACAGGCGGUGCGAUCACCCACGGGUCGCAGGUCGCGAUCCAAAACCGCGUAUCAGUUCGCACAUCCGGCGGCCCAUGCUCGGCAUAAGCGGUUGAGAUUUCGCCCCAAGCUUCUAUUACAAUUGCAACAAGUCUCCCAGACUCCUCGACCACUGCCCGUAGUGGAUGUCUUGCCCUCCACCUCCUACCUGCCCCUCCUGGCGCGCAAGUUCCCGGCAAUCUACCGGACGCGGAACGGACUGGGCCCCAACGAUGUCGUCGUGGUGAUAAGUGAGCAGUAUGAGCAGACGGUGGCCAGGAUACCCGAAAAACGAGUCAGCUCGGAGGACGAGGAUGAAGAUCAUCGCGAGGUGGUGGCCACGAUUUGCCAAAAGCUCCAAGAAGACGCGCGAUUGAAAGGAAAGGCGGAGAUAUGUCUCAACUUCGGCCCUGUGUGGGAUGCGACGCCCCUCCCGAGCGGCUCUUACGAAUUCGUUGCCCAGACGGAGAAUGGUGUGCAGGUGGUGCGGUGGGCGCUGCGGAGUGGGAAGAGUCGUCGCAUGACUGCCCCUACGGGAACCCAGCGCGAGGCCGGUAAACGCUUUACCUUCAGUGUCAUUGACCCCAGCACUCGCCGCCACCCGGUCAUCGCAUCUUUGACGAGGAAUCAGCUGGAGGUGCAUGAUGAGUAUAACAUCCCGUCCCGAUCUGGCACCGGUCCUACUACGCCGUCUUCGGGAAUGUCUGUGGCCAGUGACGCCUCUGAUGGCGAGGCCCCACUCAAUUCCAGCUCGGUCACAUUAGACGAUGGGCUGCGGACUCUGAUCAUCAUCACUGGCAUAUGGGUCGCUUUCCGAGAAGGUUGGUCCGACAAUCUCCGUUACGGCGACCCGGUGUCGGCUACGGGUGCAAGGUCACUCAUGUCUCCCAAUGCCUCCCGACAUGCCUCCCCAACGACUGCCAAGAUGGAGGACGAUGUUUUCCCCGAGAACAAGCCGAUAAGUCCUGUCAAAGAGGUCACCAAUGGAGCCAAACGGUGCAUGUCGAUGUCCAAGAUUCGCCGUUCCACGACCCCUACACCGACACCGACAGAAGGGGAUACAUUCGGUAGCUUGUCCAAGCGCUCUAACUCCACCGGCGCCGCUUUCAUGGAUCGGGCCAAACGACGAUCCGCCUCGGGGCUUAGCACCCGAGUGAACAGACACAGCAUGUUCACAAGCUCUGGCGAAAUCGGCCGUGAGAUUGUUGUCUCGCGCCCUCCAUCUAUACGCCAAAGCUCCACCGAAUCAAGCGAGAUACGACAAACUGUUCCCAAGGAAAAGCCCACCAAAACAAAACCACAUCCAGAUAUUCUCAAACCCACACCCGGUCCAGACAAAGACCUUCCUCCCCCCCGCAACGCACCGCCCAAAAGUUUACCCAAAGAAAAGGCAGCUCCACACCCCGAGGGCACAGACGCAGCCCCAAAGACCAAACGUCGAAACCGGCUGAGUUCCUUCUUUGGGAUUUUUCAUCGAAAACACGAUACCCACUGA